UCCUUUCUCCGCUCUCCCGAAGCCUCCUACCUCCAUGGUUGCCCCCGACGUUACAGAGAAAGAGGAGGCGGAGGCGAUGAUAGGGCCAGGCCCCGCCGCUCCUCGCUCGCGCCCGAAGCGACCCCUCCAGUUCGAGCACGCUUUCCUCGACGCCCUCCCCUGCGCCCACAUGUAUGAGAAGAGUUACAUGCAUCGGGAUGUGGUCACUCACGUCGCUGUAUCAGCAACGGAUUUCUUCAUCACCGGAAGUAUUGAUGGACACAUAAAGUUUUGGAAGAAGAAAGCUGUUGGAAUUGAAUUUGCGAAGCAUUUCAAAUCUCAUCUUGGUCCUAUUGAAGGACUAGCUGUCAGUGCAGAUGGCUUACUUUGUUGUACAGUCUCUAAUGAUCGAGCUGUGAAGAUAUAUGAUGUUGUCAACUAUGACAUGAUGGUCAUGAUGCGCCUUCCGUUUGUUGCUGGGGCGGUUGAAUGGGUUUAUAGACAAGGGGAUGUCAAAGCCAAGCUUGCGAUUAGUGACCGCAAUUCCUGUUUUGUUCACAUAUAUGAUGCACAUUCUGGUUCAAACGAGCCAAUUACUUCAAGAGAGAUUCACAUGGGUCCAGUAAAAGUUAUGAAGUACAAUCCAGUGUAUGAUGUUGUAAUAUCAGCUGAUGCGAAGGGGAUCCUAGAAUACUGGUCUCCCUUGACACUGAAUUUUCCAGAAAAUAGUGUGAAUUUCAAGUUUAAAACAGAUACAAAUCUCUUUGAACUUGUGAAGUGCAAGACCACUGUCUCUUCAAUUGAGUGUGAUGGACUCUUUGUUGUUCAGGUGAGUAACGACGGCCGUCAAUUUGCUGUAACUUCUCCCGAUCGCCGGAUUCGCGUAUUUUGGUUUAAAACUGGUAAACUAAGGCGUGUAUACGACGAGUCUCUUGAGGUGGCCCAAGAUCUACAAAGAAGUGAUGUUCCUUUAUACCGUCUUGAAGCAAUUGAUUUUGGACGAAGGAUGGCUGUUGAGAAGGAAAUAGAAAAAACAGAACAUGCUCCACAACCAAAUGCUGUUUUCGAUGAGAGUUGCAACUUUCUUAUUUAUGCUACCCUUUUGGGCAUUAAAAUUGUGAAUUUGCAUACAAAUAAGGUUGCUCGAAUUCUAGGGAAAGUGGAAAACAAUGAUAGGUUUUUAAGAAUUGCCUUGUCCCAAGGUGAUAAAAGUAAUAAGAAGGUCAGAAAGAUCCCCACAGCAGCUGCCAAUGUCAAUGAGAGCAAAGAGCCUUUAACGGAUCCUACGCUUCUAUGUUGUGCUUUUAAGAAACAUCGGAUCUAUUUAUUCAGCCGGAGAGAGCCCGAGGAGCCUGAAGAUGCAACCAAGGGUAGAGAUGUCUUCAAUGAAAAGCCACCUCCUGAGGAGCUUUUGGCAGUAUCUGAAUUAGGGAAAGCAAUCACGACAUCACUUCCUGAUAGUGUGGUGCUGCACACAUCUCUGGGUGAUAUUCACCUGAGACUAUACCCAGAAGAGUGCCCAAAAACUGUGGAGAACUUCACAACUCAUUGUAGGAAUGGUUAUUAUGAUAAUCUAAUCUUUCACCGAGUCAUCAAAGGGUUCAUGAUUCAGACAGGGGAUCCUUUGGGAGAUGGUACUGGUGGACAGUCUAUAUGGGGAAGGGAAUUUGAAGAUGAGUUCCAUAAAAGCUUAAGGCAUGACAGACCAUUUACAUUGUCAAUGGCAAAUGCUGGACCUAAUACAAAUGGUUCUCAAUUCUUUAUCACCACUGUGGCGACUCCUUGGCUGGAUAAUAAACACACUGUUUUUGGUAGAGUUGUGAAAGGAAUGGAUGUUGUUCAGGCAAUAGAGAAGGUAAAGACGGACAGGAAUGAUAAACCCUAUCAGGAUGUAAAGAUCCUGAAUGUUACAGUUCCCAAGUCCUGAAGCCUUUUCACGGAAGGGGCUACUUAUUCCAGUACUUUGCUUUACCAUGUCUCCGAGGUGUUAAUACUAGGCUGACGUUUUAUCAGUUGACCCUCUAUAUAGUUUCUCUGUAGCGCUUUGUCUUGUAAAUGCAUACACGUAUGAUUAUGGAACUCUAUUCCCUGUAUCAAUGGCUGAGUAGUCUUUUGGCAAUUUAGGGCAUUUCUUUAGCAUGGACACUUUCUGUAGCAUGCAGUGGGCCAAAUGACAACUUCUGUUGUAGGGGUAAAGUUGCAGUUCACUGCAUCUGUAACAACUCGAUUGAUGGAAUGGAGAUGGGGAUCGCUGAUGUUAACUUGUGCAUGGAAAAUCUGGGCACUUUGUUGAUGGACGAGAAAGGUUAUUGUGCUUAUAAUAGAGCAAAAUGCUUAAGCUAAUAUGAUCUGCAUCAAUAUUGCAAUGAAGAUGCUGGAUCAUUGCAGCUUUAUUUCCUUCGUAGUACCACUACACGUUGGACCGUCAUCAGUGUUUUUUUUUUUUUUUUCAAAAGGCGGAUUGUUUUCUUCUCUUUGUUUUGCCGUUGUAAUCUGCUAACAAUUAAUAAUAACUGUUAUAUGAUUGUACACUAA